GAUGUGAGAAUUACAUUAGAUAGGUACCUAAUUUAUAUCCAAGAAAUCGUAAAACCGUUCCUACAAAGUUGCUUACUAAUUUAAGAUUAAAACAUUCUUAAUUUUAUUUAAUAAAUACGUUUGAAGCAUUCUGAAGGGCAAUAUGGCAAAUUUUACACUAGAUGGAAAAAUUUGUAUUGAACGCGAACUGAAUAUAAUCCCAGUGGAAAGUGAAAUAGAUAAUUUAAAUACAAGAUUUGAUAUCGAACAAACUUGCAAAUGGAUAAAUAAAAAUCAAUUUAAGAAGGUUUGUUUACAAUUCCCUGAUGAACUGCUUGGAAUAAGUACUAAUGUAUAUGAAGAGAUUAAAAAGCAAACCAAUGUCGAUCUCUACAUUCUAGGUGACACAUCAUAUGCGAGUUGCUGUGUUGAUAUUGUAGCAGCAAUGCAUGUUGAAAGUGAUGCCAUUGUCCAUUAUGGCCAUUCAUGCUUUAGCAAAACUGAGUUGCCAACAUAUUUAGUGCACCAUAAAACUUCUCUAGAUAUUAAUGAAGUUAUGAGCACUAUUUCAUUAAGCUUGGUUAGCAAUACCGAUGUAUCAAGUGAGAAGUUGUGCCUCUUUUAUGAUGCUGAAUAUGAACAUAUCAAAGAACCACUUAGCAAGUCCUGGUUUCAACAAUAUCCACAGAGCUAUAUGGCAAUUAUUGAUUGUAUGGAACCCAAACCAAAUCAAUAUCUAGGCAGAAUUAUAAAAAAUAAAAGUAAUCAAGAAUUUCCAAUAGAUGUAUUAAAUGACUGCUUUUGUAUAUUUAUUGGUUCAAGGGGACAAACUUUCUUUAAUUAUACCAUUUCAGUGCCAUCAAAACAAUGGUAUUUGUUAGAUCCAGCAUCAAAUAUGUUUGAUGUAAUUGAAGAAACAGUAUGGUUUAAACGUAGAAGGUACUUAAUUGAGAAGUGUAAAGAUGCUAAUGUUAUUGGUAUACUGAUGUGUACAUUAGCUGGAGAUCAAACUAAGGAUAUCAUAAGUCGGAUGAAACAGUUAUGCAAAGCUAAUGGAAAAAAAAGUUACAUUGUGUCUGUGGGGAAACCUAAUGUUGCCAAAUUGGCAAAUUUUCCAGAGAUUGAUAUUUAUGUAAUGAUUGCAUGUCCAGAAAAUAGUCUUUAUGACGAGAGAAAUUUUUACAAACCAUUAGUAUACCCUUUUGAACUUGAAGUGGCUCUUAACUCAAAUCGAGAACCAUACCCAGCAUUACAUGUGAUAGAUUACAAUGAACUGCUACCAGGGAAAAAACAUCACUGCGAUAUCAGUGAAGUGUUUGAGGGAACAGAUGUUAGCUUAAUUACUGGGAAAAUAAGGGAAACUAAAGUAUCUUCACAAGGUACCUGUAAGGAUCUAAUUGAAAAGGAAAAUUGGGAACUUGAAAGUAUAGGGCACAACCUGCAAAAUAGAUCUUGGAAAGGUUUAGAACAAAAACUUGGAGAAAGUGAUGUGAAAAUAGCAGAAGGUGGUCGGAAAGGAAUACCAAUUCAAUAUAAUGAUGAACCAAAUUGAUGUACACCCAUUUAUUUUCUUAUACACUUUGUUGUUUAACAAAUGUCUUUCAAGACUCAAUAAAUAUAUUUAAAGUUA